GGACCAGUGCGGCCAAGGCGGCGUGAAAUGCUCGGUCGGUUUCUGUCCGUAAAUGAAGCAGCUGACAAUUGCGGUGUAUAACAACAAUAAGCCGGUGUUUUCGUUUGAAUUUUUAAUUGGACGGCCCGACACGUACGGGCCAUGUAUUGUUUAGACGUCUGAAAUAAAUACAAAAACAAAUACGGCCUAAUCCAGUUUAAAUGAAUGAAUAUGAAGAUUAUUAAAUUGGCGCAAUAUGAAAAACACAACAACACCAUUCAUUGAGAACAAUUAAUCACUGAGUGUUUGGCAUGCGAAACGAUGAAGAGUGGGCGAAGCCAAAACUGGCGCCGCCAAAGAAGUUUUUCGUGGUUCCGCGGCGGCAUAAUCGUCUUUAUAGUAUUCUUCAUAUGGCUGGAACUGAAUUUCCUGACAUACGGCAAUUCAGUUUCCAAUUAUCAGGAGAUAAACGAUUCGAACGCAGCGAUUUAUAGUAUGGUGCCGGCCGUUCUGCACAAAUUCUUGACGCCAAGGCCUAAGAACGGCACCAACGGUAUGAAUGGGACGUACGCAGGUGAUGCCGCCUACAGGCCCAUCUCGCCUAACAUUUCUGACAUUAAGAAGAAUCUAGCACAAUAUAAUUUGCAACAAGUUGUCUACAACGAAGAUAUCUUUGGACCACUCCUCAACGAUUCCGUCGUCAUAGUCAUACAGAUCCACGACCGAAUAACUUACCUACGCCACCUCAUCGUGAGCCUGGCCCAGGCCCGAGAUAUAUCCCAGGCCCUUUUGGUCUUCUCCCAUGACUAUUACGACGAGGAAAUAAACGCGCUGAUACAGAGCAUUGAUUUUUGCAAGGUGAUUCAGAUAUUCUACCCCUAUUCGAUACAAACGCACCCCAACGAGUUCCCGGGCGAGGACCCCAACGACUGCCCGCGGGACAUCAAGAAGGAGCAGGCCAUGUUGACCGAGUGCAACAACGCACUCUACCCCGACCUCUACGGGCACUACAGGGAGGCCAAGUUCACCCAGACCAAGCACCACUGGUGGUGGAAGGCGAACAGGGUGUUCAGCCAGCUGGAGGUCACCAGGAACCACAGCGGGCUGGUGGUGUUCCUGGAGGAAGACCACUACGUGGCCGAAGACUUCAUCUACGUGCUGAAACUGAUGGACAAGACCUGCAAGGAGUCGUGCAAGCACUGCAAUGUUUUGUCUCUGGGGACUUAUCUGAAGACCUACAACUAUUACGGCGACGCCAAGAAGAAAGAGGCAUUACGUGCCCUAAAACAUCAAUCAAUUGUAAGUGCAGGCCAAGUACAUCCCUCCUGGACAUUUCAAGUACUUCCAUCGCUGUAUCAGCACUCACAGAAGGUGGAGAUAACUCCGUGGGUGAGCAGCAAGCACAACAUGGGCAUGGCGAUUAAUCGGUCCACAUGGGAGCAGAUUGUGAAUUGUGCGUCCUAUUUCUGCCACUACGACGACUACAACUGGGACUGGUCGUUGCAGCACAUCUCGCAGAACUGUCUCAAGCAGAAGCUGCACGCCAUGGUCGUCAGAGGACCCAGAGUUUUCCACAUCGGGGAAUGCGGAGUCCACCACAAGAAGAACAACUGCGAGUCGACGGCGGUGAUUUCCAAGGUGCAGCAAGUGCUGAAAACGGCGAAGAAACACUUGUACCCGGAUUACUUGACGCUGACGUACACUACGUUGCUGAAGAAGGCCAAAUUAAGGAAGGGUAACGGGGGCUGGGGCGAUCACAGGGAUCACAAACUUUGUAUGAGCAUGACGAUACGAUAGUUAUUCACGUUGACGGUGAUAAUGCCAUAUUUUCCUAUUUUGUAACGCAGUUUGGGAUUCGUUUCAGUCGGAUGUCUGAAACUUUUUUAAAAAUAUAUAUUUUUAUGUUUCUUGUUUUGUUCUGACGUUUCAACCAUGUAUUUUGUUUUUGAUUAUUUACGGUAUUUGUUAUUUGUGCGUUUCUUUAUCUUUAUUAUUAGCUAUUUUAUAUGAUGAUAUGAUGUCUAUGUUUAAGCCACAAAACAGCACCUCGUUAAAAUGAGCCUUUCUAUGUAGAUUACACAAUUGUAAUAGUUCGUUUAUUUUUCUAAUUGGAAUUUAUAUUACGCUCAAAUAUUCUACGUCAAUGCACCAUUCGUUAUUGUCAAACAUUCACCUUUGUCCUUUGAUCACUAAAUGUCGUCUUAUUGUUGGCAGUAUUUUAUAAAGUUUUGUGUGAUGGAUAAGUAUUAAAUGUGAUUAAUAGUCAUAAGGAAUUUAAGGGUUGUUCGAGGCGUAUUCUUCCAUGAAAAUAAUUCUUUUAUAUAUUUUAUACGCAUUAUAUUACAACGAAUUGGUUCGAUUUGAACAACCACACAAAUAAAUGGCUUAUUGACAAGGACUCGAUAUUAAGCUUCAAUUUAAAUAGUGACUUAUAGAUGUCGCUAGUUAACCUGCAUGGCUACUGCGCAAGUCCCGUUUAAAUAAUUGACUCCUUGGCCAGUAAAUCAUCUGUUAUUUUAUAAAUUAGUUCAUUCUUGAGAGUAAUAGGACUGAAUUCUUAGUAUUUUUGAUGUUUUGUGGUGCUUUAAUAAAAUGAAGUCCUGUUUGGUAUUCUUCAAUAAUUUUAUCAGUCUAGUCCAUUGUUAAACAUAGAUACGUUUUCUUAUUGUUAAAAUUUUUGUAUAUAUCUGUCUAAUUUGUGAUAUUUCGUUUUUAAGUACCAAUAUAAAGGCUGUAGGGAAAAUAGAAAUAGUUUAAGAUUCAUGAGUAGGUAAGGAGCUUAAACCAGUAAUUACAUUUUUCGUUUGUUACGAAUUAGAAUUUUUAUCAUUUCAAUGAAAUUGUUUAUAUUCUAGUCAUUAAAAAUUUCUACAUCAUCCCAGAUUUGGCUUCAAAUAAAUUGUAAUAUACGUAAUUUUUGAUAAAACGUUACAAAUCACCCAAGUCACGUCAGUCAUCAAUGAGUCGGAAAAAAUCAUUCAUGUGUCAAUUAUAUGUCAUUUAUACUCUGAAUAAAAUUAUUCAAUAGCA